GGAGAGUGGGGGGAUUUGUUACCCACACAGGCGUUAUGAGGAUAAGCCUUCCUGUCUGUAGUAGUAGUGUGUAUCAUCCUUGCCGUAGAAUUGGCGAUUGCGAUUGACAAAUUGACAAUUGACAUUUGUGAAAAUUUUCAAAAGAAAAAAAAACGAAAAGAAAUUCGGCAUUUGAUUUUGAAUGGAAAAUGGAACAAAACAAAAAAAAUUAUAUGUUGGUACUAGGUAUCUACUUCUAUUUGAUUUCCAUACUUUCUUUUCUUGUCUUUGUUCAAUAAUCUUUAUGGUAAAAAUAGGAUAGUGAUAGUAGAUAGUGGCCAGUGGCAACUAGUAAACAAAAAAUCAAUUUCCUGCUGUAUACAAACAAGUUCGUUGAUUCUUCAAGCUCAAGAAGGUGAAUUUUAUGCGGAGAAGACGUUAAAUAAACAUAAUGGAGGAAGAAACCAAAACAUCAGCUUUAGCGGUACUAGCAUCACCAUCACCAAACAUUCCAUUAGAAGAAUCACUGGUCACCAAUGAAGCAUUUGCAAACACUACUUUAACCAACAUAUUCAGAUUCCUAAAUUAUAAAGAUCUGCUAAAUUGCUCAAAAGUAUGUCCAUUAUGGAAGCAGAUUGCUUUUCAACAAACUCUCUGGCAACAUUUCACUUUCUACUCUUGCCACAGACAUGUAAAACAACUAUUUAAAUCAGAGUAUGGCCAAAAUAUAAGAAAUUUAUAUUUGCUGGGGCACACCGAUUCAUUAGAAAUGGAAAAUGUUAAGCGUCUUAUUAUAUCAUAUUGUCACUUUGAUGAGCUAAAACUAAUAUCAGAAAUCAACAAAGAAAUUAAAGAAUUUCAUGUUGAGAGAUUAUAUCUGAAAAAUCACGAAUUUGAAUUGAUAGGCCAAAUUGAAAACUUAAUUCAUGUGAAUAUUAGCACUGGGAUAUCUGACUCUGAUAGACAUAAAAUAGUUUCUGAUGUCGGACUAAAGAAACUUACAAAGUUGCAACAUCUUGGUUUGUAUCUCGGUUUGUAUGCAACCUGUGAUGAAUCAUUUUGGGAAAAUAUUGUUAAGAUGAGUACUUUGAAAUCAUUACAACUCACUGCUUCCUUUUAUCAGGAGGCGCCUGAUCCAAGUUGGGUUGCUCCUCUUUUUGGACCAAAAUUUCUCAUCAGUAAUUUGCAAUUGCUCAAUAAAUUAGAAAUACACAGUAUGACUUAUAUCCACGAGUAUGAUGUUCUUAAAAAAAUUAAAUUAUUGGCAAAUUUGAAAGAACUAGUUUUAGACGAAGUAUCUGUUUCAAAAAAUGGAAGGAGCAAUUUUGGUAGCCUUCUGGGGCAGUGUCAAAAUCUUGAACGUCUAACGAUUUCUCUUACUAUUCCAAGGGAUGAAAGUCCUGAUAUACAUGAUAUUGAAGAAAUUUUAUAUAUUGCAGCUUUGGAAAAUUCUGAAAUUGUUAAAGGAGUAUUGUCUUUGAACAAAACCCUCAAACAUUUUUGUUGGUUUUUAGAGUACCAUGAAGCAUUAGAUUUCAUUACAAUUUACUCGCGACAUAAAAAAGAUGCUGUUGCGUUCCACAGUUUUAGAGUAAUCACUAAGAAUCAAGUAAGAACUUACGUUGAUACCAGAGGUCCUGGGUAUAUAACAGUUCCAAAACUAUCUAAAAUAUUCAAGAAGAUGCUUCCAGAUACCCAAGUUGAGAUAUGGACUCCUGACGAAUCAUGUAAUGUCUACAAGCAUAAAAGAUGCUAUGAAUGCUAUAAAUGAAAGUAGGCUAGAAGGUAGAGAAAACUUUUGUAUGGGGUGUUUCGAAUUCGUGACACAUUAUUGUGAUCUCGGAAAUGGUUAGAGAUACAGGGUUCGCUGAACUAGGGCAAAGUUGCGUAAUUUGAUGCUUAACAAAAUGCCGCUUUGAUAUUUAGGUUAUUCCGAAUACUCUCGCAGAUAUCCGAUAAAAAAACAAAAUUUUGCAAAAUUGUUUCUAUUUUUUCCUGACUUUAUUUAAAGUGAUAUUUCAGAAAAUAUAUCAGUUCAUCAUGAGCCAAUUUCAGGCGAUUGACCAGUCAGUCAUCUUGACAGAUAAGUAAUGGAUUUGGUUGACAAAUGACGCUUAAUUAAUGGUUUAUCUGUCAAGAUGACCGAUCGGUCAAUCGCUUUAAGGCGAUUAUAGCCACUUUUUCUCCCCUACAAGAUACUAUCAUCAAAUUUGAAAUAUGACGUUCCGUCUUUAGGCCACCAUCAUCAACUUUAUUUUUUCAAAUGCGACCUUGCUUUUUUUGAUUCAUAUUUUUAGAGCUUCUGAUGUCCCAAAACCUAUGACGUGUCACAUUUAUUCCAAAAAUUAUUUUUUAUUUUUUUACUUUUUAGUUAUUUCCUACCAAAGUCUAAAAUUCUCUUCUCUGUCCUAAAUAUCAAAGCGGCAUUUUGUUGAGCAUCAAAUUUCGCAACUUUGUCCCAAUUUAACCAACCCUGUAUCUCUCACCGUUUCCGAGAUCAUAAUGAUGUGCCUCGAAUUUCAAACACCCUGUACAGUGGUGGGCAUAAGUCACCUGGGCUGGGACUCUCGUAACAGAUAUCGAUAGAGAUUGUUAUACCCAUCCCUAUGGCACGUGUUGUUUUCCUCUCUCUUCUUGAUAGGGAGAGGGGAUAUCAAUAGAGAAAAUAUCUCUAUUUGUUACAGAGUCCUAGUGGCAGCCUUCAAAACAGUGCAUCAUGCGUCAGUCCCACCACUCUCGCCUGGAUUUAACGUACGUUAGAUAGAACGCGGCCAGCUGGGCAUAUGCAAUCAUGCAAUUACGUACUCCCGGUUUUGUUGCGUGCUAGAUUGUUAUUUUCGAGUGAAAUGGCAUUUAAAUUUGUGGAAAUUUGCCAGAUGACUUAUGCCCAUGCCUGUAUUUAUUUUGGUUGAAAUGUUUAUAUUAUGUGAUAGGCAGAGACUAGAGACUAUACCUAGGUAUUAGGAACCUGGACUGGUAGAAUAUAUGUAUAAACAAUAAGACAAUUCUGGCUGUGGCCUAUUUGAUACUGUAAAUUGUGAAUUGUAGAUAAUAAGUUAUUUCUUGUAUAAGUUUGAUAACUAUGGACAUCAGAGGGUAACAAUAACUUGAUAUACCUAUCAAACCAAUUAAGUACAGGGUCUUAUAAAGGGUGAAAAUACCAAUAAAAUGUGCUGCACUAAUUAUAAGGAGCAGACCCUGUACAUUUAGUUUUAUAUAUUAGAGUGUUGAUAUCGCACUACACUUUAAGGAUAGGUAAAAGUUGGAUUUAGGUUUCCAGUGUAACUCUUAGAUUUAGAUUUGCAAAAAUGUUAUAAGCGAGGCUUACUAAUAGAAUACUAGAAUACAUAAAUCUUUUAUAACAAAACUAGGCAAAUCAUUGUCGGCCUAAAUCAAGAGUUACCUAAAAGAUAUCUUAUUGAAUUUGUUUGAUAACUUUAGACAAAAACAAAACCUUGAUACAAAAAAUGUGGAACUUGUCAAUUGAAUCAAUAAUUAUAAUUAACUCAGUUUUUUUUUUUAUUUGUCAAACAACACAUUGUGUUUAUUACAUUACAAUCUAGUCAGUAAGACUAAUUAGCAAUUUUGUUUUAACCUAAUUUACUAUAAAGUUUACAAUUCUUGAGGUUCACUCAACAGUUUUCCCCACUUUGCUUAAACUGUAAAUCACAAUUUUGAUGUGUUUAUAGCACUAUUUUGUUGUGUUUUUCAAUUUCAGUUCACUAGCUCGAACGGCUUCACCCUUCUCAGUCUUCUAACUAGCUCAGUAUUGUCUAGGAGCUCAAUCACUUCCACAUUCACAUGCCGAUGUAGUCUAUCUUCAUGGCUUUUUGCGUACUUUCUUAUAGUCUCUGUUACAGUAUCAAUUCCUAGUUCCCGAUGUAGAUCACUAUUUCGAACGUACCAAGGUGCAUUAACAAUGUUUCUUAGUACUUUAUUUUGGAAUCUUUGAAUAACUUUUAUGUUACUAUCUUUAGUGCAACCCCAAAGUUGAAUUCCAUAUGCCCAUACUGGUUUCAGUAUUUGCCUAUAAAGUAGUAACUUGUUAUGUAUGGUUAAAUUGGACGUCCUUCCAAUUAACCAGUACAUUUUUCUAUACUUAAAUUCACGCUCUUGCCUUUUUUUCUUAACAUGUGCUUUCCAGCGCAAUUUCGCAUCAAGCGUCAUACCAAGAUAUUUAGCUUGAUUUGAAUAUGGUAUAGGGGUGUCAUUAUUUGUGAUUUGUAUGUGAUUUACGUUUGUGUUUGUAAAAUCAACGUGAAUUGAUUUGGUUUCAUUCAAUUUUAUUCGCCAUUUUUUGGUCCAAUUUUGAACUUCACUGAUAGCGUUCUGCAGUUUUUCUGUUGAUUGUUCAAUACUUUUUUCCACUGUAAUUAAACCAGUAUCGUCGGCGAAUGUUGCUAAAUGAGAAUUUUCUGGUUUUGGGAUGUCGCAUGUAAAUAAUAAAUAUAAGUAGGGACCUAGCACGCUACCCUGAGGUACACCUUCUUUUAUUUUUCGUAAAUUUGACUCAAAAUCUUCCUGUUUGACUCUGAAAUGUCUAUCACACAUAUAUGAUUCCAAAAUAUCAGAAUAUUGUUUUGGCAGAAACAGCUUUAGUUUAUAGUUUAAGCCUCCAUGCCAAACUUUGUCAAAUGCCUGCGCUACAUCGAGGAAAACUGCGGAACAGACUUUUCCCUCUUCCAGCGAUUUUUCUAUUAAAUUCGUUAUUCUGUGUACUUGGUCGAUCGUAGAGUGCUUGUCGCGGAAUCCAAAUUGAUGAGUUGGAAUGAUUUCCUGUCUUUCUAUGAUCGGUUUUAUUCUUUUUAGCAGUAUCUUUUCAUAAAGCUUAGAUAAAACGGGCAAUAAUGAUAUUGUU